AUGAAGUUCAGCACCUCUUCGCUCCUCAUUAUCUCGGCUGCUCUGCUGGCCAGCACUGCUUCCGCCACUCCGCUCGCUUUCAACGCGGAUGACGACACCAUCUCGGUGCCUAUCCAGGUUCCCUUCUCUUCCACGCCUCGGGUUCUCACGUUCCCCAACUGGUUCUCGUCUAGCAAGGAUGACGAUGACAUCUGCCCACGUCUUCCAGUCAUGUGCGUCAAGGACGGCGAGGUAGUUGGAGACCUGGGAAAGCAGGAUUUCUGCCGUCAGGGCCUUACGUGCGAGAUGUGCAACCCCAAGAAAAAGGCACUUGACUGCAACACCAAGUACAUCAAGGAGUGCAAGGCGCAGUGUGAAGCUCGCGGUCCCCUCGGCGGCAAGCUGCACCAGGUGCAGCACAAGAUCAACGACGUCGUUAGCGCCAAGGGCGACGAGGACGACAUCUGCCCCGACAUGAAGGUUUCAUGCAAGAACGCCGAUGGCAAGAAAGUCGGGUCCCUCGGCAAGAAAUCGUUCUGCCGAGACGGCGUUACCUGUGGGCAAUGCCAUCAGACAGAAAACUCGGUGGAAUGCAACGCCAAGUUCAUCGGCGAGUGCAAGGCGCAGUGCGAAGCCACAGGUCCCCUUGGUGGUAAAGGCGGCGUCUUUGUCCAUCUCUACUAG